UACAGUAGUAAAGAUGUAAGGAUUGUAAUAACUGAAAGAAAAGAAAGGGUUUAAACUGGCAAACGAGAUGGAGAAUUACUCUAAACCUCUGUCAAUGAAGUUGUUCUCAACGUGGGAAGGAGAGCGCACUGCACCUCAUUGUAUACCUAGAACUUGUACGUUUAAGCUACUGGAAGUGAAACUAGCAAAGCCGUUUGAUACAGAGAUCUCCAGUGUAACUAUAUGUGCUUCAAUGAGUGUUGGGAACUUCAGAAGAUCACUGAGAACGGAUGAAAUUUACCUCAACAAUGGACUAGCAGAAUUGGAUUACUGCUUCUCAUUUCAGUAUCCACAUUAUUUGAAGAGAGAGGAAAAACAUAUUAAAGCUGAAAUUUUCAAAGGGAAGAGAUUUCAGAAAAAAACUAUCCUGGGAAAAUUUUAA